AUGCUGCCAGGGAUAGACAUUCCCUUUCUCUGGCUCUCCAAUGCCAUCGGGGCAUCUGUCGAUGAGAUCAAGCUCUUGACGAUCUUUUUACUUUCGUACCCUUUGGCUGCUAUCUUGAAACGCCUUCCCGACGACAAACCACAAUGGAAGAACAUAUUCAGCGUUGCCAUCACCCUCUUCUAUCUCCUUGGCGUUUAUGAUCUUUGGGAUGGAACCGUUACAUUGCUCAUAGACGCAAUUGGCACCUACCUAAUAGCAUACUAUGUCGAUGGCUCCCUGAUGCCGUGGCUAGUAUUUUGGUUUUUGAUGGGCCACAUGUCAAUCAGCCACAUUGAACGACAAAGGAUCGCUGAUCCGAGUCUUAUUGAUAUAACUGGGGGCCAAAUGGUCACGAUAAUGAAACUCCACGGCUUCAGCUGGAACGUGCAUGAUGGAAGACUGAAGGGUGAAUUGUUGAACGACGCCCAGAAAGAGCGCGCCGUGUACAAGAUGCCCGACCUGCUCGACUUCGCUGGCUAUGUUUUCUUCUUCCCCUCCAUCUUCACCGGUCCCGCAUUUGAAUACGCGGACUAUAAGCGAUGGCUCGACGGGAGCAUAUAUGUUGUUCCAGCAAGCAGCAAAGCAGCGCCUCCCUCGAAGGGAAAACGCCGCGCCCCGCAAUCGGCAGGCCCAGCAGCCCGGAAGGCCAUCGGCGGUCUCCUCUGGAUCGGUGCCUUCCUGCAAUUCUCCCGGUGGUACUACGUCCCGCUGUUUCUCUCGGACGAAUACAUGAAAUACUCGUUCCCUUACCGCGUCUGGCUGCUCCAGAUGCUCGGCUUCGCCACGCGCACGAAAUACUAUGGCGUGUGGUCGCUGACGGAGGGCGCCUGCAUCAUGGCGGGGAUCAGCUACAACGGCAUCGACGAGAAAACGGGCAAGGCGAAAUGGGACCACCUCGAGAACGUCAACCCGUGGGGAAUUGAGACGGCGCAGAACUCGCGCGCUUACCUGGACAACUGGAACAAGAACACUAACAAAUGGCUCCGCAACUAUAUCUAUCUGCGCGUCACACCCAAGGGCAAGAAGCCAGGCUUCCGCGCCACUCUCGCGACGUUCCUGACCUCGGCGCUGUGGCACGGCUUCUACCCGGGAUACUACCUGACGUUUGUGCUGGCAGCGUUUAUCCAGACGGUAGCCAAGAACUUCCGACGGUACGUGCGGCCGUUUUUCCUGACGCCCGACGGCACACGGCCAACACGGUACAAGAUCUACUACGAUGCACUGGGCUACGUGGCAACGCAGCUGGCAUUCUGCUUCACGACGGCGCCGUUCGUGGUGCUGGGGUUCCAUGACUCCCUGAAAGUCUGGGCGAGGGUGUACUUCUACACCGUGGUGGGCGUGGGCGCCUCGAUGGCCUUCUUCGCCUCCCCUGCCAAGAAGGCCCUGGUCAAACGCCUCGACAAGCGCAACGCCCCGUACAUGAACAUGCGCAAGACCAUCGCUGAGGAGAUCCAGUACCCGCCGUCGCUGGGCCUGCCCAACGACCCGGCCCGCGAGAUCGACGAGGCCAUCGAGGAGAUCCGCGCAGACAUCGAGACCCGCAGGCGCCGCGGCAGCAGAGUCACCAUGCCCAGCGGCGACGGCCUCAAGAAAGCCAUCGAACUCAAACUCGGCAAAAAGCUGCCGCCCAUCUUUGGCAGCGAACAGAAUGGCGUCGAGGGGAACGAGAAGGCCAAGGCUGAUGUUGUGAACGCCAUCGCCGCUGCAACAGCAACGGCCGAGGACAAGAAAGCGAAGUGA